AUGAUUGAAGAAGCUACAACACUGUUAAAGAAGUCUGAUGAUGAUUUCCAACCUCUGAAAACGCCCUCAACGAAGCAAAGAAAACAGUUAUCUCUUCCUAAAAAGAACAAAAAACUGGUCAAAUUGAUUGCUUCAAAGAAGGAAAUGAUUAUAAAAAGUUUAAAUAAUUUACAUGAAUAUAUUAUAGAAGCGGGCCUUUAUACAUCACCUGAAAAGAUUAAAGCAUCUCUAUUCGUUACAGAAAUGACGUAUACGCCCCCAUCAAAAAAGGUUGGUAAUAAUAAAGAGAUAGGCAAGAGAGAAGUAAAAAAAAAGUGA